UUAUAUCUUAUAUAAUUCUUCCCCUCCUCCCAUCAAUAACACACCGCCCUCUAGGCUGGAGCCCCUGACAACAUUGCUUCUCUAUAAGUCCCCCCAAAAGAAACUAUAACUGCUACCGCUUUUCUCUCUCUGUAAGUUCCUCUGUGAGGUUUCGCUCAUGGCGAAGAAUAUUCUGGUCACCGGUGGUGCCGGUUACAUUGGGAGUCACACAGUUCUUCAACUCCUUUUAGGCGGUUACUCCGCUGUCGUUGUCGAUAAUCUCGAUAAUUCCUCCGCUGUUGCUCUCGAAAGAGUCAAGGAACUCGCCGGCGAACACAAAAAGAAUCUCUCGUUUCACCAGGUUGACCUCCGGGACAAGCCAGCUCUAGAAAAAGUUUUCUCUAAAACAAAAUUUGACUCUGUCAUCCACUUUGCUGGGCUCAAGGCAGUUGGUGAGAGUGUGGAGAAACCGCUGCUUUAUUUUGACAACAAUCUUAUUGGAACAAUUACAUUGCUGGAAGUAAUGGCUGCCCAUGGAUGCAAGAAGCUUGUGUUUUCUUCAUCAGCUACUGUUUAUGGUUGGCCAAAGGAGGUUCCAUGCACGGAAGAAUUCCCUCUAUUUGCAAUGAAUCCAUAUGGUCGAACAAAGCUUUUCAUUGAAGAGAUUUGUCGUGAUAUCCACCGCUCAGAUUCUGAAUGGAAAAUCAUAUUGCUAAGAUACUUCAAUCCUGUUGGUGCACAUCCUAGUGGCCAUAUUGGUGAGGAUCCCCGUGGAAUUCCAAACAAUCUCAUGCCCUUCGUGCAGCAGGUUGCUGUUGGCAGGCGUCCUCAUCUCACAGUCUUUGGAAAUGACUAUUCAACCAAGGAUGGUACCGGGGUGCGUGACUAUAUUCAUGUUGUCGACUUAGCAGAUGGUCACAUUGCUGCAUUGAGUAAACUUUCUGAUGCCAAAAUAGGUUGUGAGGUAUAUAACUUGGGAACAGGAAAAGGAACAUCAGUUUUGGAGAUGGUUACAGCAUUUGAGAAGGCAUCUGGAAAGAAAAUUCCUCUUGUAAUGGCUGGAAGGCGUCCUGGUGACGCUGAAAUUGUUUAUGCAUCAACAAACAAGGCAGAACGUGAAUUGAAUUGGAAGGCAAAGUAUGGGAUUGAUGAGAUGUGCAGGGAUCAAUGGAACUGGGCCAGCAAGAACCCUUAUGGCUAUGGAUCUCCUGAGACCACCAAGUGAAAAGACUAAAUAUUUCAAUUAUUUCUUCUCACCCUUGUCGUCAUGCUUAUAAGGCUUCAAAGGAUUAGGUAUAAGCUGAUAAACAGUGUGGUGUUAUAUCAUCCCUAAAUAAGCUGCCCACUAGCCUCCUAGAUCUAAUAUAAAUAUCCAGUUAGGUUUCCCUCUCACAGAACACUGUUGUGGUGACUGUUACUUGAGGGCUAAAUUCUUCUGAGCUAAUUAGUGAUAAAAAAUUUUUUUUUUUUCAAUGAGUAAAUAUUUCUAAUUUCA